UACCAAUCUUGAAUAUAAGGUGGAUAGAAAAUAUAAUUUAACAUAUAAUGCAUUUUGGAAAAACAAUCUAAUUCAAAAACCCCUAAGAGGCUUCAUCAAGAAACUAGGUCAAGUAGAACAGUUUGCAACAUGGGUACUUAUGAAUCUGUGGGCAGAGAUAGAGUUUCAUGAGAUUGAUUGGGAAAGCACAUGGUUCAAUAUCUUUGGUGCAGAAAAGGCCACAAAAGCAGAUCUACACUAUAAAAGCUUAUUUCUAAGGAUAUAUAAAGUUAAACUUUUACAUAACGAAUUACCAACUCUAACAAACCUCAAAAUAAGACAACCAAAAGUAUAUACAACUAAUUGGUGUCCUAGAUGUAACCUAGAAAAGGAAGAUAUACAUCAUAUCUGGUCAUGUCCAAGUAACACAACUGAAAU